AGAUGGAGACGGAGACGUGUGACACCUGAGAUUCCGCAAGAGUAGUGGGCCCUGCUUCCAAUGAGUUCGCUCACAUCUGAAACUAAAUAUUCUUCCGCUUUUUUAAAAUAAAAUAGCCAGUCGAUAGUUUAAUUUUUUUAUAUACUCAAGGGAGGCAACCACGCGAUAUAUAUAGAAAACUUUUAGAGUUAAGGUUUCUGUAAGAAGAAAAAACUUGGACCAGACGAAACUGUUUUAAAUAUUUAUUCGAAAAAAAAAACUAUUUUGUUCCGCCUCACGAAUCUCAACCAUCAUGCCAAUGGGAUCUGCACGUGUACUCACGAGCUUGGUGCUGCUUGGACUCGUUGCCUUGUCCGUCUGCAGGACCUCGCCCUUUGACCCAGAAGAAGAGAUCAACGACUUCCAGGACGACCUCUCUAAAAGGUCAUUUCCGGGAGACGCCUCCCCAGACCCGCUCCUCCUCGCGCUGAGAGCGCAUGCGCAUUCACUGCGCCAGCUGGAGUCGGCCAUUUUAGAUCAGAAAAGAUCCCUGACCAGUGGUCAGUACAGCUCCUUUCCAUUUAGGCUCGAUGACGACACGGCGUAUAGGGGCAUGAAGCGACGGUCGCUCUGGUCGCCCCUAGGGUACCUGCCCGCCUCUGCAAGGGUUCAGGGCAGCAGCUCCGGCACCGCCCGGCCUGAAAAUGGAGAAAGUGGUGCCAGCGCUUUCCGUUACGGUUAAAACGGAUUGGGACGUUAAAUACCAUCAACAGCAACAACAGUAACAACAGCAACAGCAACAACUGCAACAACUGUAGCAACAGCAACAACUGCAACGACAUCAACAACAGCAACAAAAGCAACACCACCACAUCAUUUAGCUUAGUCAUUCAUUAAGGUAUUUGACAUUAUGUCGUCAUCAGCACACGUCAAAGAGAAUCUGAAAAUCUAAAACAAAAAAAAAACAUUUAAAAAAUUAGGUUUGAAUGUAUUGUUUUUCUUCCACAAUAUCGCCGUGGUUGUAGGAUUGGCAUUUUUAAUUAGUUUAUUUUAAUUAGCGAAUUAAAAAUCUAUUGUAAUCGCAUAAUGAUAAGAUUGUUGCAAAAAUAAAACAAAUCU